AGUGAAUAGGAAAAUUGCGGCAGAUAAAUUUUAAUGUAAACAAAAAUGAGGUCUUCCACUUUGGAUCUAAUAAGGACUGUGUACUUUCUAAAUAGUUGAAAUUUAGAAACAGCAGAGAAACUGGUAAGAACAAUGUCAUGAACACGUCGGAGAAUAAUGGAAACGGCCAAUGGAAUGCUAGGCACGAAGAACACAAUGAAGGAGAAACAUGGUUCAACCCUACAAAGAAAGCCCCAGUUCGACCGCAUCUGGUGAACCGUGAACCAUUCUGCUCUAGACUGCAGAAAGUACACAUUGGCCUUAAAGGGAGUGCAGCAUGGGUGAACCAGGAUUAUAUCUGGACUUCAAGGGAUACAUUCAGAGAAGAGAUUACACCGUUUGCCAUUCCAGUACACUUACGACACUGGCAUUAAUCCAUCACUUUGGAAAUUACCAAAUCUUGGCAUCAUAAAGUCAUCAACUACAUAAGCACGAGGACAGAUUUGCCCCUACUAGACUGGGCAGGAAGACAAAAAGGGGCAAUUGAUUAGCAGUGUCUGAUGUUUAAGGUAAUAUUUAAUUCCUCCUAACAAAAAUACAUUUCAAAGAGGAAGAAAGAUUGUAAAAGGCAGAGAAAACAUCCAUUGCUAAGCAAGGAAGUUAAAGACAACAAAGACAAAAAUCUAAGGUGCACCAUAUCGUAAAGGCCAGCGGCACACUGAUUGAAAAGCUAUUAAAGAUCAACAAAGGGUUACAAAAAAGAAUAUGGAAAAAAGCAAAGUUAAAUUGUGAAAGAAAACUAGUGUAAAAUAUAAAAAUGAAUAGCAAAAGCUUCUGUUAACUACAUAAAAGAGAAGAGAAUAGCUAAAAUGAAUGUUGGUCCAUUGGAGGAUGAGAUUGAGGAGUUAAUAUUGGGGCACACAGAAAUGGUGAGUGGCAAAUCAAUAUUUUGCGUCAGUUUUCACAGUGGAGGACAUGAAUACUAUCCCAAUAGUAACAAAUAAUGCAAUGGGUAUUGAAAGGGACAAUCUUAGAACAAUUAUUGUCACUAGGAAAUAAAGGUAUUGAGCAAACUGUUGGGAUUGAAAGCAGGCAAGCCCCAAGUCGUACACCCCGAGGGUCCUCAGGAAGUGACAGCACAGAUCGUGGAUCCAGUAACUGUAAUAUUCCAAAAUUCCCUGACUACAAGAUUCCAAUGGAUUGGUAAAUACUAAUUGUAACACCCUUAUUGUUGAUAGUGUGCACGCACACAGAAAUUGUACUCGUUGAGGUAUGGGAUCUGUUUUGUAAUUUGAUAUGAACAAAGCCCUUUCUCCUCCCAAAAGGAUAAGAACAACUUCAGAGUUGGCAAAACUCAUUGGGAAUUGUCCCUUUAAAUAUACAGUGGGAUAGGAGGAAGCUGUCGGCGCAAAUGAAGAUCGAGUCAUCUUUAAAGGUGACAGUAACGAGGACUAAACCAGUUUGAAACUGCUCUAGGCGAUAGUUCCGGCGCGCCCUCCAACAAACACAUCGCUGCAGUUUUAGGAAGGGAGUCGCUGCCCGUUCUCCCACAGUCACUAACAUGCGGGAUUACGACGAAAUCACCGCUUUUCUCGGAGAAUGGGGACCUUACCAGAAGUCAGUCUUCUUCUUUUUGAGCCUCAGUGUCUUUCCCAAUGGUUUCUGCGGACUGUCUAUAGUUUUUGUCGGGGAUAUUCCUGAACACCGCUGUUUAAUUCCCGGGCACCUCAACCUCAGUGAAGCGUGGAUGAACCGCACGAUCCCUCUGGAACAAGACAAGGACAAACUCCAGUACAGCAAAUGUAGACGGUACCGGUUGGAUGUGAUCAAGAACCUCUCGGAGAUAUUCCCUGACCCGGAUUCCGUCAAUAUUUCUGAGGUGGGACAGGAGCCCUGUUUGGAUGGAUGGGUGUACAGUAAGGAGCAGUACAUCUCCACCAUCGUCAGCGAGUGGGAUUUGGUGUGCAACAAUGAAUGGAAAGGGCCUUUUGCUAUGUCAGUUUUCUUCAUCGGAGUGCUGAUUGGUUCCUUCAUUUCUGGACAGUUAUCGGACAGGUUUGGCAGGAAGUUGAUUCUGUAUGGAACUAUGGGAGUCCAGAGUGUAUUCAGUGUGCUCCAAAUAUUCUCUCCAAACUGGGAAUUAUUCUGCCUUCUCAAUUUCUUUGUGGGUCUUGGGCAGAUUUCAAACUAUGUGGCUGCCUUUGUUCUUGGAUCAGAACUUCUGGGAAAAUCCACUCGGACUAUAUUUGGUAUUCUAGGUGUUUGCAUUUCGUUUGCAAUUGGAUACAUGACUCUGCCUUUUGUUGCAUACUUCAUCCGAAAUUGGAGGAUAUUGCUUUUCACACUGUCUCUCUCUGGCCUAAUAUACAUUCCUAUGUGGUGGUUUGUUCCUGAAUCUCCGCGCUGGCUGCUAGUAAAGGGAAGGGCAAAGGAGGCUGAAGCAAUAUUCCGACACAUUGCAAAAAAAAAUGGUGUCACUCCUCCAGAGGUGUUCUUCACUGAUCUUGAGCUUGAAGAUUUGAAGGCUAAAAGUAAACAAUCAUCGACAAUUAUUGAUUUGUUUAAAAGCCCUAAUAUCCGAGCCAUCACUAUUGUAAACUUUCUGUUAUGGAUGAUUAUAACAAGUAUAUAUAAUGGCCUAUCUUUGAACACAUCCAAUCUCCAUGGAGAUGAUUACUUGAACUGCUUCUUCGCUGGUGCCAUUGAAGUUCCGGCCUAUAUAGCAGCUUGGAUUUUCAUUCAGCGGUUUCCACGACGGCUUAGCCUUACAGGCAUACUUUUUCUUGGUGGAGUUGUCUUUUUCUUCAUCCAGCUCAUACCUUCAAACCUUUCAAUAAUUGCCACAGUGCUGGUGAUGAUUGGAAAAUUUGCAGUCUCCUGUGCCCUUUCCAUGGUUUAUGUCUAUACUGUUGAGCUGUAUCCAACAAUAGUAAGAAAUAUGGGUAUCGGAACAAGCACCAUGGCCUCCCGGCUGGGCAGCAUCAUCUCACCUUACAUUUUCUAUCUUGGUAUUUAUUAUGAAUUUCUGCCUUUUAUUCUGAUUGGGUGUGUUCUGAUUCUGGCAGCAAGUCUAGUCUUGUUUCUCCCUGAGACAAUCAAUAUUCCUCUUCCAGAAAUGAUUGACCAGAUGCAGAAAUUCAAGUUCAUAUCUAGGCGAGAUCACAUAAAUCUUGACCCUUUAUAUACACGCACAGCAACUGAAGAAGACAAUAUCGUCACUUAAAAAACGGAGGAAAUUUAAUCCAAUCCUCACAUAGAACAGUAGGACUGAAGAAAUGGCCAAGAAAUCAUUUGUCUACAAUUUAUAUUGUCAAAUAUUAUCAACAGUGUCAAUAUAUGUAACAGUGCAACAAAGAUACUCAAGGACCAUUGAUAAUUCAACAGGACACUGCACUGUUUUAUAUUUCCUGCGUUUUAACGCUCGUAUUUGUAAUUAAAAUUUAUUAUUAUGUGGGUUUUGUGAUGCAAUGUUAGUGUUCUUACUGCUAGCUAGACGAUCCAAGUUCAAGCCCCUUGUGUCAUAACAUGUCUGAGCAGCAUGGCUGAACGACCUAUAAUACAAAACUUUGUGACACAUUGUGGAUUAAAUUAUGGGGCCAGUUUUAACUUUUUUUACUUCAUCAGAUUGGUCCACUGGCUGGACCAGUAUUUAUUGCCCAUCAUUAAUUACCCUUGAGAAGAGGUAGUGAAUUGCCUUCUUAAACUAUUUAACUCCAUGGUGGGAUAGAUGCAUUCACAAUGCUGUUAGGAAGACAGUUCAGGGAU